AUGUCUUCACCGCCACGUCAACCGUUGCAUGAGCCUCUUGAACGCCACGACACAGCCAAUCACCCCUACCACUCAUCAAUCACCAGGGCCAGGAUUGAUCAAACUGGUCCAGAGAUCUGGGAACAAGACUUGAUGCUCUCGACGGCUGUCGUAUCUGAGAUGGUCCAGAUCUAUGGCCUGGUCUUGACCCCGCCGGAGAGGCUGGGCGAUCUGAUCAACUGGGAAGUGGCCGAGACCCUGAGCCAGCUCCGCUCGACGCUUACAACCUGUUUGUUUCCCUUAUCUUCUCCAACUACCUCGACCCCGUUGAUUGGCUCAAGUUCGGAAGAAGGGUAUAAUUGGGGGGCCAGACCGACGGCGCACCUCAACGGUGCUGAUGCGCCGGACCUCAGCUGA